AUGGUACUCGACGAAGAUGACGAGAAGUGGAACGACAAUGAGAGCGAUAUCGAGUUGCUUGACUAUGACGAAACUGAAGAGGACGGAUACGUUGUCGCGAACCAGGCGACUUCUGUGAAGAAGCGGCAUGCACGCGACGACUCUCUUGACUUCGAGAUCUUGCAACAAGAGCCACCAAAGCGAAAGACCCAGCAUCCAUCGAAGCAGGGCUGUCUCGUGUUCAAAGACGUAGUCUGCGGAGCUGGAGGUGCAAGUCAAGGCGCUGCCCAAUCCGGGUACUGUGUUUGGUGGGAUAGUAACAAUAUCGAAGACGCUUUGGCUGCAUACCGCCUGAAUUAUCCUGGUGCGUACGCAUGGGAAAUGAAGGCGCAUCGCCUUCCGCCAAAGGGUGUUCGCAAUAAGAGCUGGAAGGUCGAUGUGCUUUACCUCUCGCCUUAUUGCUGUUACUGGAGCCCCGCCCAGUAA